GCGGCGGGGCCGGCGAGGGGGGCGCCAAGGGCCAGGGCUUCCUGAAGGUGGACCCCGAGCUGGUGGUGACCGUGCUGGGCGACCUGGAGCAGCUGCUCUUCAGCCAGAUGUUGGACCCGGAGUCCCAGAGGAAGCGCACUGUGCAGAAUGUCCUGGACCUCAGGCAGAACCUGGAGGAUACCAUGUCCAGCCUGAGGGGGGCGCAGCUCAGCCACAGCUGCAUGGAGACGGGCGUGGGCUACGACAGCGACGAGGCCAACGCCCGCAGCGUCUCCAGCACGUCCAAUCGCUCGUCCCCGCUCUCCUGGCGCUACGGCCAAUCCAGUCCUCGCCUGCAGGCGGGCGACGCCCCCUCCUCCACGGGCGGCGGUUACCAUGGCGGCCAGGGCCCCGCCCAGUACGCGUCGCGCACCAUGCCGGCCCGCACCCCGUCCCGCCUCGCCCACGCCCCCCACGCCGACGACUCCGACCUCAAGUCCGGUUACCUUAGCGACAGCGACCUGCAGAGCAAGAGCCUGAACGAGGACGAGGACCUGGGGAACGGGUGGGACGAGAGCAGCUCCAUCAGCAGUGGCCUCAGUGACGGGUCGGACAACCUCAGCUCCGAGGACUUCAACGCCAGCUCCUCCCUCAACUCGCUGCCCACCACGCCCGUGGGCUCCCGCCGCAACUCCUCCGUGGUGCUCCGUACGGACGCAGAGAAGCGCUCCCUGGCCGAGAGCGGCCUGUCCUGGUACAGUGAGGACGGACGGCCCCCCCGGAAGGGGGAGGGGGGCAGCUACGACACGGGCAGCCUGAAGACGGACUCGUCCGGCCGCUGGAGGAGGUGCGGGCCGCUGGAGGCCCCGGGGGACGACGGGGAGGGCCGGGCUGAGCUGAAGAAGCCCCAGAGCCUGGGGCCCCCCGGCACCUUCAAGAAGAGCCGCAACCCCCCGGUGGGGGUCACCUCCCCCAUCACACACACCUCCCACAGCCUGCUGAGGGUGGCAGGUGAACCAGAUGGGGUCCCGGUGGACAAGGCCAAGGCGGUGGUGAAGGCAUCCGGGCUGCAGCGCUCCUGCUCGGAUGCGGGGCGGGGGAAGCCCCCCUCAGGCCUGGUGCGGCCCACCCCGGCCGGGGCCUUCGGCUACAGGAAGCCCCCCCCGGCAACCGGCACGGCAACCGUGAUGUCAUCAAGCGGCGCCACCAUCUCCAGCGGCUCGGCCACCGUGGGGAAGACGCCCAAGUCCUCCGCCAUUCCCAUCAUGCCCCUGGGCGUUGCCGGGGACAGCCGGAAGAACAGCCUGGACGUGUCGAACCUGGAGCAGGGCUUCCUGUCCCCGAACGCGCGCGGGAGCCUCCAGUACCGCAGCCUGCCGCGGCCCGCCAAGUCCAGCGCCAUGAGCCUGCUGGGCCGGCCCCCGUCCGCCGCCCGGCCAAUCAGCAGCGCCCUGGACGCCGGCCUGCUCGGCCUCAAGCCCGCCCCCUCCGCCGGCCCCGCCCUCAGUCCCACCCCCAGCCCCGCCCUCAGCCCCACCCCCUCCACCGGCAGCAGGGGGAAGGAGUCGAGCGGUAAGGCCAGCCGCGCCAGCCUGGGCCCGGUGAACCAGACGGACCGAGAGAAGGAGAAGGCCCGGGCCAAGGCUGUGGCCUCGUCGGACUCCGACUGCGGGCCCCUGAAGGGCCUCCUGACCGCCGGGGAGGCCAGCGCCAAACUGCAGGGGCUGCGGCAGUCCAGCGGGAGCAAGUACGCCGAGUUAUCGUCUCCUGUCUCUCACAGGGCGCUCGGCAGCAAGGCGGUGGGGCGACCGCCCAGCCUGGCGCACGCCGACAAGCUCAACUCCAGCAGCCUGGACUCGUGUCUGGGGCUGCGGGACCUCCCGCCCAAAGUGCCCCCCUACUCCAAGCUGCAGGACCUGGCGGGGGCCCCUGGGCCCCCCCGGCUGACCCCCAGCCCGGCCCCCGUCCUGCACAUCGACUCCCCCGGCUGCUUCUCCGCCUCCCCGCUGCUCUACCCCCGCCUGUCCGGCCUGCACCGCAGCAUGGAGUCCCUGCCCCUGCAGCUGAGCGUGCCGCCCAGCCCCGCCCAGCGGGAGGAGGAGGAGGAGCGCCGAGGAGGAGGGGUCUGGGGGCCUGGCAGCAGGGCGUCCAUCACACUGCCCGACAGCUCACAAAGGGACCGGAACACCCUCCCGAAGAAGGGGCUGAGGUACGAGCAGGAGGUGCAGAAGGAGGGGAAGGAGAGGAGGCACUCCCACACCAUCGUCAGCCUGACCGACUCCCAGAGCCCCCCCCACCUGCCCUCCCCCCCGGCCGCCCGGGCCCCGCCCACCAACGUGGUGGCCCCCACCCCAAACGGAGGCACCCCGCCCCGGAUAACCCGCUCCAACAGCAUCCCGGCCCAGGACUCCGCCUUCGAGCUGUACGGAGCCUCCCCAUUGGGCAGCAGCCUCUCGCUGGCCGACCGGCCCAAAAGCAUGAUCCGCUCCGGAUCCUUCCGCGAACCCGGGGAGGACGUGCACGGUUCUGUCCUGUCCUUGGUGUCCAACGCUUCAUCCAGCUACUCCUCGACGGAAGAUCGAAUUCAGGGAGAGCAAAUCCGUAAGCUGAGGAGGGAGCUGGAGACGUCCCAGGAGAAGGUGGCCAACCUGACAUGUCAGCUGUCUGAAAACGCGAACCUGGUCGCUGCGUUUGAGCAGAGUCUGGCCCUGAUGACAUCACGUCUGCAGUCUCUGUCCGUCACCUCGGACCAGAAGGACACCGAGCUCCUGGACCUGAAGGAGACCAUCGAGUCCCUGAAGACCAAAAACACAGAGACCCAGUCCAUCAUUCACGGAGCACUCUGCACGGCUGACAUCGCCCCCAAAGAUCUGCAGAUUAAGAGGCAGAACUCGUCUGAGAGCAUCUCCAGCCUGAACAGCGUCAGCAGCCACUCCAGCCUGGGCAGCUGCAAGGAGGCCGAGGCCAAGAAGAGGAAGAAGAAGAGCUGGGUGUGUGAGCUGAGAAGCUCCUUCAACAAGGCCUUCAGCAUCAAGAAGGGUCCCAAGUCUGGCACCUCGUACUCGGACAUCGAGGAGAUCGCCACGCCCGACUCCUCCGCCCCGUCUUCGCCCAAACUGUCCCACGAUGGAGGGGAUGACCCCCCCUCGGUCCUUCGGUCCCCCAGCUCUGCCUCAUCCUCUGUAAACGUACCUCAUAAGCCUGGGUAAGCCAAUCGAAGGCCUGCGUUGCCCUGCAGGAUAUUCGCCGGGGAGGCGGACCAGGAUGAGAAGGUGGUGUCGGACCUGCGAUCCGAGCUCUGGGAGAAGGAACGGAAGCUGACUGACAUCCGUCUGGAGGCACUGAGCUCCGCCCACCAGCUUGAGCAGCUGCAGGAGGCCAUGAGCAGCAUGCAGACGACCGUGGAGAACCUGAAGGCGGAGAAUGACCAGCUGAAGGGAAGCCCCAGCCCCACCCCUGGCCUCACCUCCAGCACCGCGGCCCCCGGCCUGCCCCCCCUGCUGAGCUCCUCCCCCCGGCUUUCAGCAGCCAUGUCCCUCACCAAGUCCUUCAGUCUGAGCCUGAGCGAGGGCAAGGACCCAGAUGUAGCCCCAGCGGAAGCCGUGAGCCUGCCCGUUCACAGAGAUGAGGUCCGCCAUCGCGUGGUGAUCCGAUUGGCCGACCAGCGGAUUUUCAAAGACGAGGUGAAGCAGCUGGAGUUCUUCAUUGGAUGGGUGAGGAUCAACGGAAGAACCGAUUGGGCCACGCUGGACUCGGCCAUCAGCCAGGUGUUCAAGGACUACAUCGCUAAGGUUGACCCCACCUCCAGCCUGGUCCUGUCCAUGGACUCCAUCUACUGUUACCAUGUCAACCAGGUCAAGAGAAUGACGGGCGGAGAGGUCCCUGAAGCCACGCCCUUCCGCUGCCUGGGCAAGAGCCCCUGCUCCAUUUUGAUCACCCUAAAAGGUCUGAAGGAGAAGUGCGUGGACUGCCUGGUGUUUGAGACGCUCAUCCCCAAGCCCAUGAUGCAGCACUACAUCAGCCUCCUCCUGAAGCACCGCCGGCUGGUGCUGACGGGCCCCAGUGGCACGGGGAAGAGCUACCUCACCCAGCGGCUCGCCGAGUACCUGGUGGAGCGCAGCGGCCGCGAGACGGCCCCCGGCCUGGCGGUCACCUUCAACAUGCACCGCCAGUCCUGCAAGGAUCUUCAGCUGUUUCUCUCAAACCUGGCCAAUCAGAUUGACCGAGAGACCAGCACUGGAGACAUCCCAUUGGUCGUCAUCCUGGAUGAUAUUAGCGAUGCUUCAUCAAUUAGUGAACUGGUCAACGGUGCCCUUACCUGCAAAUACCACAAAUGCCCAUACAUCAUUGGGACAACCAACCAACCCGUAAAGAUGACACCCAACCACGGCCUGCACCUUAGCUUCAGAAUGGUGACCUUCUCCAACAACGUGGAGCCUGCCAAUGGCUUCCUGGUCCGGUACCUGCACAGGAAGCUGAUGGAGGCCGAGAACGAGGGAAGCAUGAGCAACGAGAACCUUCUGAGGGUUCUGGACUGGGUUCCAAAACUGUGGUACCACCUUCACACCUUUCUGGAGAAGCACAGCACCUCUGACUUCCUCAUCGGACCAUGUUUUUUCCUGUCUUGCCCGGUCACCGUUGAGGAGUUCCGCUCCUGGUUCAUCGACCUGUGGAACCAUUCCAUCAUCCCUUACCUGCAGGAGGGUGCCAAGGACGGCAUCAAGGUCCACGGUCAGAAGUCUGCUUGGGAAGACCCUGUUGAGUGGGUGAGGGGCACCUUGCCCUGGCCUUCAGCCCAGCAGGACCAGGCCAAACUCGUCCACCUCCCCCCUCCCAGUAUGGGCCCUAGUAGCCCAGGGCAGCCCAUCGAAGAGAGGCCCAGCAAGGAGACACCCCCCAGCUCCAUGGAGUCUGACCCUCUGAUGGCCAUGCUGUUGAAGCUGCAGGAGGCCGCUAACGUCAUUGAGUCCCCAGACAGGGAGACGGCGACUGACCUCAGCCUCAAGCCCACCUUUUGAGCUCCGUCAAGGGGGGCUGGAGACAGACUGAGCACUCUGGAGAGCUACGCGUCGUAUUUGUGAUCCUGUCAGCUUUGAAGUUUCAAGUUUGGUAUAUGUGUGGGUUUUUAAAGAGCAAAAAUAACUUUCAGAUAAUUUUGAUCUGCACCUUAAAAAGGUACUAUAGAAACAAAGUCCACCUGUGAAUUUAAAGGAACAAACUUUAACAUCGUUGUUAAUGAUACUAAAUCUACAGAUGCAUGGCUACCCUUGUUAAUUUUCUUAGAGUCAUCAGAGUUUAACCUACUUUUUUAUUUUAGUUUUACUUUAGAUAGUAACUCCACUGAUUUUGAAACAUGUUCUAUUCAACUACUGCCCUGUGUACCACUCAAGGAAAUGGCAAAGUCGGUGGAGACAGUAUUCUAACACCUGAUUGGACACCACAGCUUGUGGAUGGAGACAACAGCAGAGACUAGCCAAAAGCCCAUUCUUGUUUAUGUCGAGGAGAAAAUUGAUGGCAAGCUCCCACAGUUGUUUUCUGACUUGAAUAUAAAAACUGUGCUGCUCCUAAAUGGGAGAGACCAAGAGUAAGAGGAAAGGGGAAAGUGAUGUUUCGUUCUUCUAAUAUGGAACAACCCACUACUGUCUUAUGGGGUCCAAUUCUAAGGGCUAUAUAGCAAAGCCCAACCAAAACCAUAUGCAAUUUUUUUGCCAACGCUCAUUAUGAACCCUGGUGCUCAAACAGAUGCCUUAAUGUGUCUCCUCACUACAAGAUCUCAUGGGAUUGAGCAACAUCCAAGUUGUAUUUGCUCUAUAUCCACAGAAACGUGUCCUUUACUGAUAUGGUUUAGGGUAUGCUAUAUAUGGCAUGUACAAACUGUCUUCAGCUUGCAGUUUGCUUACAUGACUGAAGUGUUGCCUGUUUUCAGUUAAGAUGCACUUUAUCGGAUUUUCUUUUUGGACUUUCUUUUUGGUUGAUCAAUAAGUGAUCUUACAGGAUGUGAGGGUAAAUUCGCAUAAAAAUGUCAGACCAAAAAAUAUUGAUUAUUCUUAACUCAUCCAACAGGGGGCAGUACGCAAGCCUUUAGACAUGCAUGCCAGUUUUUUAUUUUAUUUUUGAGGUGCUUUAAGUACUCUUGCCAUUGCCGGCUCACAAAUGAUAACACUACUCAUGCAAACAGCCAUAACUGUAAUUCCCCAGGUUUCACUGUACACUGAAGAUACCACUUUGUGCUGUCUUUAAAUAACUUCUUCUGUUGUCAAGUAGGUGAGAAAGGCCACAAAUAGAGAAAGGACUCAUUUGGUGAUUGUAACUGGGUCAAUGGUACAUAAACGUAUGCUCAACAUGAAAACUAAUUUGACUGUACUGAAUUGCAUUUACUGGGUCUGACAAAUCUGCUAAUGAUAGCAAAGAAAUACUGUUCUGCUUCUCAAUUAAAUCUUUACUUUUCUUACAAAUUGCAACUGAGGAUAUGAAAUGGUGCAUGGGCCGUGUUCACUGAAAUGACCUGAAUGAAAAUGCAUGUCGUAUGCACAGUGGUAUGUUUUUUAGCAGCCGUCUGAAGUGUAGCGUAUGUUCAAUUUCACCGCAGACCAUGAACGAGAUUAUUGAUACAUACAGCAUCUGCAUUUGAAUACUGGCUGGCAGCGUUUGUACCGACUAAAUUUAAGGUGCAACUUGUGCUGAACCAAAUAAUUGAGCUACAUUCUUGUGUAGUGGCUAUGUAAUAAGAUCAUGUUAAAAAGAGUUAAAAGGAAUGUAUAUGUAACACUAGAAUGCAAUGCCUUCACACAAUAUCAUAUUUAGUUUUUUGUUUUUGGUUUUUUUGUAUCCUGAGAGCACAGCCUUUGUAUGAAUUUGGUGCUAUCGGACUUUCCCCGCACUGGCCUCAUCUACGCACACAGUCAGUACAAGGGUUGAGCUAACAGGAUAUUACUGAGACAUGGCAGACUUUAAAGGUACAACAGGUAAUUUCAGACUUCCAACGGUCAAGAGAGGAAUUGCAGCAACAAACACGCUCAAACCACUGUUUAUCCCACCCCUUCUCUGUGGACACGCUGACAUUAAAAUGGCAUUGGCUGUGGCAAUUAGAACCAAUUUUCAACCAAUGAGCUUGAAUUAUUGGACAGCUGUACGAUGUUUUGGUACAGCCCGUCAACAUGUCAGUGAGCCUUUUUCAAUGAUAGGAAGGGAUUUACAAUGGUCUUGUAACAAUGUUUUACCUAUUGUACCUUUAAGAUUGGCAGAACACCAUUCCUGUGUUUUAAGAAUAUUUCAGUCCUUUGGCCCUGAGAUUAGGGGAUGUAAACCCUUAUAUUCAUGCAAAUACAUGCAUUUAGCUGUUAACGGUGCUACAUGCUAACAGAUUUAACACAUAGUUUUAUAACUGUUAGUGUUUUUUUUUAUUUAGUCUUUUUAAUGAACUCCACAACUCUUAAAAACCACAGAUCGCAGAACUUUUAAAAAGAGUCUGCUGGUUACGCUUUUUUUUUGCAACAGGACUGUAAUUACUAGCAAAUCACCCAGGAUUGUGUGAAAUUUCAUCAGAUCAAAGACGGCAGAAUCAUUGUGAUUAAUGUCAGCCUCAGAUUUGAAGACACAGAUUCAGAAAGGAAUGCCUGUGCAGAAAUAAGAAAAGCCACAUGAGAAAAAUAGUCAGGCAUUAGAAGUGCUGUCAUAUUGUAAAAUAUUACAUAUCACAGAGAUGGCACCCAUUUACUCCUAGUACUGCACCGACAAGAAAAUCUCACAGUUACAAAGGCACAGACACAGACCAGCUAGCUCCUGUUAAAUAGAGUCAAAAUAAAACACUUCAAAAGUUGUACAUUUAAGCUGCAUGCAAAAUAUUUGUACAGUGGGAGUGGGUGGGAAAAGCUGUAAAAUAAAUCUCAAACUGUCAAUCUCAAACAGAAAUACAUGCCAACUCUCACCCUUCACAUUGUUGUCAUAUAUAUAAUCCUCUGAGAUAAUAACAAAAGAAAACAAGUUUUAUAUCUUAUUUCUGAGGUCUUAAUAGCGAUGCUUUCUUAUAAACAAUGCCAUCUGUAUAUAUGAAUAUUGCACCACUUCAUUCAUGUAGGAGUGUUGUAUUCCUGACUACAACAAUUCUAGAAUUCAAAGUGCAUCUAAAAUAGGAUUAAAUCUCAAUUUUAACUUUUAAGAAAAAUCAAGUUACUGCUCCACGUUGUACAUUUAGUACAUACGGCCACUAUAAACAAAAGAAAAACGUUUUCAAUAUCCGCAAUCUCCAAAACACAACCGCUUUUUUGAUUACAGUAACUUUCAUGUUACUGUAUGUGCACCAAUUUUGCAUCAAAGUGUUAAAACAAAUUAUCCUUUGCAGUAUCUGGACUUGGAAUAAUGACUUUACAGGUAGAUUGGGAAGUGUGCAUGUAACAGAAGCUAUUGUUGUUGUAAUAAGUCUAGGUAGCUGUAAUCUACAUCCCUGCCUCAUAUUUGGACGGGUCCAAAAUCCUUAACUAACACCUGGUGUGAAAUGUCAAGUUUUUACCAAAUUCCAGAGAUUUAAUUGGCACAUAUCUUGGUGGGUGAUGCUUUAAUUCCAAAGCGUUUAUGCUCACCUAAGAAAACUUUUACCGAGAUGACAUGACUGAACCACGGGAGAACCUUAUGCAAACUGUCUGUAGGAAUUCGACUGAAGAAAAUGCAGAUCUAAUGAAUACUAUUGCUUAUGCCUACAAAAAAAAAGAACAGGAUUUUUUUCAACAGUCAUUUGAAACGGAGACCUGGGGCUUUGUGACCUUCCAUCUUUCUGAGCAUGAUGGACCCAGCACCUCUUUUCUCAUGGGGCUGUACCAGGCGAAAGGCCCAUCAGCUGUUGUGAUCUGUGUGUACAGUACUGUGCUAGAGCAUCUUUCUGUGUGAGAGGAACUAUUCAGCAACUUCUACUGGCUUUGGGAAGCAGAGAAACCCAACGUAAUGUCCCUCUUUGAUGACCUGAGUUCACUGAAUUGAUGGAGCCGGUGUAUCUGUCCAUCCAGUGUUGUAGCUCUGUGUAAAUGAGUGUCUUCUGUAGUUCUGAGAUUAUUGUUAUUGGAGGUUGGUACGUACAGUAGAUCGAUGCGUCUCGAGCCUUAAUGUGAUGUGAAUUUCGCCUGUGUUAGAUUCAGAAGAUAGGGUCUGUGGCCUUAAUUUGGCACAUCUGAGUGGAACUUUUGAGGUUCCGACUUCGAACUCCGUUCAACAGUGAAGGGACCUGAUCCGAUCUUGUUUGGAUGGUGAAUUUGGUUUGGAUGUACAACUGAGAAGUGGCAAGGCGUUUGAUUUUCUCAUAAGGGUUAACAAGGUGACUUGUUGAUUUGAGUAGUUUUGGGUGUUUGGCAUUCGACGUAACGUGGAAAGAGGCAUCCCAUGGUGUACUCCAGUGAAUCCCACAGCUCAUCGUAUUUUAAUAAAAUAUUGCUAAUGCCUAAAAUAUUGCUAAUAUAAGCAACGGUGGGUCAGUGGGUGCCUCCAGCACCCAGUCUGGCAGUUAUGACAAGGACUUGCCUCCCUUUGAGAGAAUUCUCAGAUAUCUAUCCUGAUCUUCAGGGGGUUUGAAGGGAACACAGUCUGAAUUGGGCGUAUAUUUAACGUCUUUUCACCCUGGGGCCAAUAAGCGUUGCUGAAUAGUCACACGAUCUUGCAAAGCUUGUUCUUGAUUUAUUUUUUAUUUUUAUUUUUUUAAGUGUAAUGAUGGUAUCUAACGUAACUGACGUGCAAAUUUGAUGGAAUUCUCAAUGUUGUAAAUGCAUGUCAUGUUGGUGUGUUUAAUUGAACUGGAUUUUCUUUCUUUUUUUUUUGUUGGGCUUUCUUUUUUUUUUGGGUGGGGUGGGGUAUUUCUAUAAAUUCAUUUUAUUUCCCCUCUUUUUAAAGUAUCAGUCAUUUCUGAAGUGAUUAUUUUAACCUUUCAUUCUAUUUUGUACAGGACAAUAUAAUUGUAAACUGUGUAAAUAUUCAACUCAUCUGCGACAACAAUCAUUUAAGGAGAACAGAAAAUGUAAAAGGCAACGGGCGGUAAAGGUUUAGAGAAGCCUUUGUAUUAUUUCCGUGGGGCCCCGCGCUUGGGGGAAAGCCUGUUUUAACGCAUACAUCUGUCUAAAUAUGUUAAUUUGUCUCAAUAAAGUCAUACCAUACAGGAACCAAA